AAGGGGGAUUCGUGAAAUAUCUUGACGAUUUUGUCAUUAAGGGGAACUAGUAUCUACAUUAGGUCAGUUUUGGGAAUGACACUGUUUCUAAUUUCCAGUUGCGACUGUGAGUUGACAGGGGUGGAGCUAAACUGCUUCCCAACUCACCUUGCCUCGCGCAACAUUCAGGUUAGCUGUAGAUAUUGGCAGGACGGUCGGUCGUAGUUGACAUUUCAUUUUAAAGAAAUCUAGCUUGUUUGUUGAAACACUGAAAAUCACAUUUUGGUGAUAGUGAUCGUCUACCACUGAAGGGGGAUCAGUUUGCCGCCUCAGCGUUGGAUGUUUGAAGUGGAGAGCCUGAAAUAUAUUUUGUACGGCAAACAUAUUUGAACUCGUCAGCAACAACAAGACAUAUUUUAAUUGAAGCCGCGACAGAUUGCCCUACUACUGUGCAUGCAUGAGUUGGUUCUGAGGCAUCCAGAACAUUCUGCCCUGGCUUUAGAAACUACACAUCACAAACAACAGGCAGUUAUGGUCCUAGAGAGGCCCUCAGGGCUCGAGUGCAUCAGCGCAGUUGCCAUGGCUCCCAUCGCUCAGUGAGGACCACCUCUGCCUCCCACACUAUGGUCUAAACCCACACAGCGCGGGCACCAGCAUCAUGAUGGCCUCCGUGGUUGCCAAUGGGAACCAAGGCAGCCAGUCGCUGGUCCUGAAGGGGGUGGACCCAGAGACAUGCAUGAUCGUCUUCAAGAAUCACUGGGCGCAGGUGGUGAAGAUCUUGGAGAAGCAUGACCCGCUGCGCAGUGGUGGAGGUGGCGGAGGCGGCAUCUCGGCGCUGCGUGGCAGUGGUGGGGGUGGCAUCUCGGCGUUGCGUGGCAGUGGGGGUGGCAUCUCGGCGCUGCGUGGCAGUGGAGGUGGCAUAUCGGCGUUGCGCGGCGGCGGAGGUGGCGGCUCGUCGGCGCUGGCAGGGCUGGGCGGGGGGGUCGGGGGCCUGGGGGGGCUACGCUUCGGGCCCAUCCCGGGCGACGAGGCGAGCGCGGUGCAGAACUACGUGGAGCACAUGCUCUUCCUGCUGAUGGAGGAGGAGAGCGGGCAGGAGGGCGCCAUGGGCCCCAUCCUGGAGUUCGUGGUGAUGGAGAACGUGAUGGAGCGCCUGUUCCUGUGGAGCCUGCGGCGCGAGUUCACCGACGACAUGAAGCUGGAGCAGCUGAAGAUGUACGAGAUGCUGGUGGGCCAGGCACGCCAGCCGCUGCUGCACCACAAGCCCGUGCUGCGGCCGCUCAUGAUGCUGCUGUCGGCGUGCUCGUCGCCGGGGCCCGCCUCCUCCUCUUCCUCCUCUUCCUCCUCCUCCUCCUCCUCCUCGCUGGCCGUGGAGGCCGAGCUGGUGCUGCUGCUGCAUCAGCUGUGCUGCGUGCUGGCCAAGGACCCGUCCGUGCUGGAGCUCUUCUUCCACACCAGCGAGGACCAGGGCGCCGCCAACUUCCUCAUCUUCUCGCUGCUCAUCCCCUUCAUCCACCGCGAGGGCUCCGUGGGGCAGCAGGCCCGCGACGCGCUGCUGCUCAUCAUGGCGCUGUCCGCCGAGAACCACGUGGUGGCCAAGCACAUCGCCGAGAACACCUACUUCUGCCCGGUUCUGGCCACAGGUCUGAGUGGCCUGUACUCGUCUCUGCCCACCAAGCUGGAGGUGCGCGGUGACGAGUGGCACUGCCUGCACAGAGAGGACUGGCAGCUGAUGCCCGCGCUGGUGCAGUUCCUCAACUCCCUCGAGUUCUGCAACGCCGUCAUCCAGGUGGCACAUCCGUCCAUAAGAGAUCAGCUGCUGGGGUACAUCUAUAAUGGCUUUCUGGUACCUGUCCUGGCCCCAGCUCUGCACAAGUUGACUCUGGAGGAGGUGAUGACCACCACGGCCUACUUGGACCUGUUCCUGCGCAGCGUGUCUGAGCCGGCGCUCCUGCAGACCUUCCUCAGCUUCAUCCUGCUGCAUCGCCACGACAGCGUCCACAUCCUGGACACCCUCGUCAGCCGCAUCAACGUGCCCUUCCAAUUGGGGACUGUGUCCUUGGCCCUGUUCCGCACCCUGAUUGGCUUGUACUGUGAGGAUGUCAUGUUACAGCUUAUAUUAAGGUACCUGAUCCCGUGCAAUCACAUGAUGCUGAGCCAGCGAGCCGUGCUGAGGGAGAGGGACUGCUACUCCGUCUCCGCCGCUAAGUUCCUGUCCCUCACCCCGUCCUGCUGCUCCCCGGACAUCAUCCCCCCACCCAUCCGACAGCUGGACGGAGUGCUGUGGUCCAAGACUGGAGAUGGAGCUAUGGAGACUGAUGAGGACUGCUCUCAGAUGGACAGCUCGGGCCACUCCUGUGUCAUUGGCUCGGAGAUCUACAUGGACGCCAGCUACCUGCACUACCUGUAUGACGCCCGCAGCGGGAUCAGCAGGUGCAUCCGCGCCUGUCAGGUGUGGUCGGCGCCUUACGACGGGGAGAAGCCGCCCCCCGAGGAGUACCAGCCCAGCGCCCUCGAGGAAGGGGGCAGGCCGCGCGCCAACACGCUCUCCCGGAAGCCGCCUCCCAUCCCCCAGUCCCACCGCCCGCUGAAGCCCCGCCCAGACCCCCAGAGGGACUCCCCCGCGGCCCCCAACCUGCAGGAGCUGGAGUGGGACGACAGCUACGAUGCAGGUUCUGCUCAACCCCCGCCGGAGCCGGAGGACACUAAGCCCAUGCCGGCGGACCCCCCAAAACACAUCCAGGAGCUGAGGAAGAACGCCAUCAUGCUCAUCAAGGGCUCCUACAUCGAGGAGUCCGACUUUCAGAACGACGUCAUGGUGUACGACCUCGUGGCACAAAAGGAUGCCAAUGACCCUGUUGAACUGCCCAAAGCUGUGGGCGCAGCACCUGCGGACAAGCAAGCGCAUUCAGGAAAUCCAUUAACAGAUGCAAAUAACCACCAGCUAGUGCAGACCUGUCCGGAGAGCGACGGGACAGUCAGUAAUGGCCUCGGCCUCUCUCCCUUGCACAGUGUGGAGGAGGACCAGGGCCAGUACGGUUUACAGGCCCAGUCCAGUGUGGAUGGGGAGGAGCUGAUGGCCCAGUAUGAGGAGCUGAUCAAGACCCUGGGGGUGGAGGCGGGGAGCCCCAUCAGAGCCGACCGGGACUUCCAGCGGGCCAUUUCCCCCAUGGAGGAGGAGGAGGAAGAGGAGGUGGACUUCUCCUUUACCGCUGAAACGCCAGAGGCAGAGAAGAUCACCUCACCGUUUGUAACAAAGCCUGGGAGCAGGACCCAUGGAGUGCCUUUCACUGGGCCAUUUGUGAGCGUGCUGCUGUCGCGUCUGGAGAACAUGCUGGACAACUCGCUCCACGUGAACCUGCUGCUCACGGGCAUCCUGGCCCAGCUGGCCACCUACCCCCAGCCCAUCCUGCGCUCCUUCCUGCUCAACACCAGCAUGGUGCUGCAGCCCAGCGUGCGCUCCCUCUACCAGGUGCUGGCAUCUGUGAAGAAUCAGAUUGACCAGGUUGCAAUGACCCGGAAAGACUUUGCAGAACUGCUGACAACUGCCCAGCACUCCCUACUGGCCAGAGAGAGCUCCCUCUGGGGUGAAGAUGUGAGGCCAGAUUCUCACAGUUCGGAGAAUGGUGGGGAUGGUGGAGUACCAAAACCCAAGAGCAUCCUGCCAGCCAACCGCACGGAGGUGUACGGCACCGUCCUGUUCACCGAGUUCCUCAAAGAACUGGCGGCCAUCACCCAGGAGCACACCAUCCUCUCCCACCUCCCCAUGGAGGAGUAGCCCAGGAGUACACCAUCCUCUCCCACCUCCCCAUGGAGGAGUAGUCCAGGAGCACACCAUCCUCUCCCACCUCCCCAUGGAGGAGUAGAACAGGACUCUGAGCAGUGGGAUGGGAACAUGCGUGAACAUUCUCCAACGUCUUAAGGACCUUUCAAUAACGACCGUCUCAUUCUUCUCUGCACUAAUAGACUUGAAGAUACCUCUUGGAUGGAUGAUUAAUCAGCUACUCAGUUUAUUUUAUUAAAACACAUGACUUUAUUUAAAGUCGUGUGAGUUUUUUCCUCAUACUCUGCAUAAAUCCUUUUUAACCAUUCCCUUUUAUCUGGAAACAUCUGAUCACUACCCUUAGUGGCUUAGCAUGCCUGCGGACAAUCCUAUGCAAAGUGUCUUACGUGCGAGGCAUGCAUCCCAUCGUUCGUGUGCGUACACAGAAGGUGACCUACAUUGGUAGCCUGCUCCACCCCACCCAGGGGACACCGGACACCAGUGAACAGCCCUGAAACAGGAGACCUGCAGGAGGAGACCAAAGGCAGAACAGGUCAGGGGCAGUGUAGCGCAGCAGGGAGCCGGUGGCCGCGCUGCGAUCGGUCAACACAGCCGUGUGGAACAUGGUUGUUUUCUUUUGUUUGUUCGUAGACAGAUGAUUAUGAACUCAAAUGGUGAUAUCUCAGAGGGUAUAUCUCAAUUGGUUGUUGUACACUCCAUAUUGUGGCCUUCCAGCAUAAGACUGUUUGUGCCUCCUGUUGCUCAGAUGAGCUCGUGGACAACACUGCUGCCUACAUGUGAUGCAAUGCUUUUUACACACAACGGUUCUUCCCGGGAUUUAUUUUCUUCGUUUUGGGGGGUUUUAGGUCGAGGUUAACUGCAGAAAACACUCACUUCUGGAGUCUAAAGUCUUUCCACUCAAUCUUACACUAAAAAGGUGAUUAAUCGUUUUUACUCACUGAAGUUUAAUUGUAUUGGUUCCAAUUUCACAACACAGUUUGCAUGCAUUUUUAUCUGUGAGAUUACUUUGCUUGCUUGCCAAUCUGAUUUAAUUGUCCUUUGAGUUUUAUGAGUUAGGAAAAAAGCACAAUUUACUUUUGGCUGGAUUCUGUGAUGGUACGCACAAGGGGUAUAGAAGGACAUCAUUCUGAUGGUUUCUGACCUCACACAAGCAGUGAUCUUAAGGAGGUCACCAUGCCUGUUUGUUUUAAUCGUGUGAGCACCAUCGUUUAAGCUCCACCUUGCUUCACUAUUUCUACUGACACACAGUACAGUUGAUGUCAACUCUUUUGAAGAGAACUUGGCGAGCCACCCAGUGCAUUACUGAUGUUGAACUCUGAUGUUGAACUAUUUCAGCAACAGUUGUAAGCCUAAGGAAAAUAGGCAAUACCUCAUUGAGUUACAUUGCUCAUCAGUCUCCAUUUCACAACCCCACAGCAAUUAAACAUAUCAUAUGACACAAUCUGUGUGUCAUAACGUAACCAAUAUCCAAGCCUUACUCCAUAUUAGAGUUAACACAUUUACGGAAAUGGUUGUGGAAGUUAUUUUAAUGCAAACAAGAGACGUGUAAAUUGAUAUUUUGACAUUUAGUAUACUGUGUACUGUACUGUUUAUACAUAUGUCUGAAGGGGGUGGGUAUUUAAACCAUUUUGUAGAAAGAGAGAGAGAUUCUAUUGCCAUAUUUUUUCACAGAAGUUGUGUGGGAGUUCUGCAUUUUUCUGCCUGUCAUUUCUAUUGGAGUUGACAUCUGAGUGUAUAUAUAUAAUGUAUGUGUAUGUGUGCAUGCCUUUAGGUAUGGAGACAGAUUUCUACCACAUAAGCACAAUUUGUACUGAUUUUGUUGCAGUGAUUAAUGUUGAUCUAAGCCUGCAUGGAGUAUGCUGUAGGCCCCCAAGACUCAAAAGAGUUGCCUUGGUUUUGGAGGAUCUUUUUUUUUACAAUUCUGCAUAAUACAGACAGGGGUGUCAUCACUGUAAAAUGAAAGAUAUUUAGUUACUAUCUUUUUCUUACAAUGUUUCACCAAGUCAAAGAGACAGGCUGUAGGCUACACACCGUGAUUGCUGUAGGAACCAAUUGUUGUGGUAUAAUAAUGACCAUGGUAACGGUGACCUUAGCAGACAACAUGAACCCAAAGAUAUUUAUAAAUGAGUGUAUUCUAGGGUUAGGGCUUCUGUUUGUGUAGAGUGCCUCAUAAUAUCUCUUGUGCAUUCCUCAUCAGAGUCUCCUAAAGUUAACAACCUUAACAACUUGAAAUGGUAUGACUUUCUUCCCAUCUUCAUUUUGUGAUCCCUGGACACAGAUGUGGCUGUUUAAACACUCUUGUCUAUUUGUACAUUUUAAGCCCAUAUUUCCCCUUGAAGCUCUUGUAGUUACGAUUUUUUAAUGUUCCCAUUCUGUGGAUUCUUGUUUUUAUUCUGUCUGUCAUACACACAUGUAUGAUGUCUUUAUUAAAGAGCUCUCUUACCUUA